GGAGAUUUACCCGGUCUAGGUCAUACUUUGUGUUCUUGUUGUGUGUUUUAUAUUACGGGUCGAGUGUGUCUAGGUCAGAUUCGGUCAACCCGCCCAUCUAUAUUUACACUAUCAUUUUUGGCGCCCACCGUGGGGCCGAUUUUUAAAGUUUUUUCGACCAGGUCAAAACUUUACCCCCACUAAAUAUCCACAAUCAUGUCUUCAAGCAACCACAACACUGUGUCAAGCCAGGCUGCGAGUAAAAGCACUCCUGCCAUCCCAUUGAUGACGAGCAUGGGGACAACCUUUUCCCCGAUCACCACGGUAGGAUCGAUUGGCAUGAUCCCAAUCAUGUCGACCCCUACUUCUACGCCAAUGACAACAAUGUUCCUAGGUUUGAUAACAACGCCGGGGGGAGCAUUCACACCAUACCCGUCAGCUUGGGCUCAAUUUGCUGCUGACUCGGCAAAUGCUCAGGCUCUACAAGGCUAUCAACAGGGGAUGGCCAUGAUGCAACAGGCAGGGGGCUUCAUGCCAUUUGCCUAUCCUGGCAUGACGCCACCAAUUAUGCCACCUCCGGUGUCGACCCCGUCAACAUUUGUCCCUAGGAUGGUCCCUAUACGCCCGGUGAAUUUGAUGGGGACCUUGAAUGAAGCAGCGCCCUCAAAUGUCCAUGAGGUCGACGAGGCGGCCCGCAGAAGAAAGGGUAAGGCUAUAGCCAAGCCCAACGAAACUCGGGAUUCAGCGUUCAAACGCCUAGGGGACAAGGAAGAUGGACCCCGCAAGUCUGCUAAGCUACGUCUUGGUCCUGAGAUGGGACGAACUAGCGCAAUGGAAAGACUUGGCGGGAGUCGUCACGCCCAAUCUCGUCGUUCUAGGGAAUUUGAGACGAUUCACUAAGACGAGGAGGAAGCAGAAAGCCAGCCUAGAGCGUCGGCAUAUACCAGGCUCUCAUACGAUGAGGAUGACCUGGACAAGAUAGGGAGCGUAGCAAGAAAACUAAGUGCCCUGG